AUGGUCGAAGGCAACGUGUACAAUCGGCGGCUGCGCAGCUGCAGACGCUCGGAUGCGACGUCUUCCGAGGACGAAGAGGAACUGGAAGAUAUUACGACAAGUAGAAGUCAACGCUAUGGGAUUCAUACACCUGAGCCGGUCCAACGCACGCUAAUAUUGCGAUCAGGAGAUGAUCUUGAGGACGAGGAUGAAGACGAUAGCGAGUUGGAAGAGUUGGACGGCUAUGGAGAGAAAGUUUACUGCAAUACGACAUACAAGACGCCUUUGAUGAGUGAGAAAGAUGUAACAAAGUCUAUUGAAGUUGAGGAAGAAAAUGACAGGGACAUGGAAACGCACGAGCAUCGAGUACGACGCUCGGAGCUCAAGAGACGAGCAGCGGGAGUUGCUGCUUGUUUUAAGAGACCUCAUAAUGGUAGUGGAUUGUGGCAUAAGAUUAUGGACUUGAAAGCUGUGAAGAAGUUACUCAAAUACUUGCGAAGAUUGUGGCGUUUCAUACUGCGCAAUUCGUUCAUGGCGGUAAAUGUACUGUGGCUACUUGCACCGUUGUGCUGCUUCGUGAUCGCUAUUACGGUCCCACAGUAUCUGGCAAGCGCGAUUGAGUAUGUUGAUGUCUUGUCUACGAAAGUAAGUGGUGCGCGUGGGCGCACAGAUACAGGUUUUGAGAUGGGGGCGAUGCAAUCCAUGAUGCGAGAGAUCGUGGACUUGAAGGUGUUAGACAUGACCAAGGAGAUUAGAAUGCUGCAGCAAACUGUACGGUAUCAAGAAAAGGAAAUUGGAGCUUUGAAAUCGUUUCAUGAUUUGCUGCGUAAUGCUCAUAACGAAGUACAGCAAAAGUUCAGCCUUGUCGAAUCUGACAGCGCUAUCACAGUCCACGUGCAGAACGUUGUGGCCAAGCAUACAGAAAAAAUGUGGGAGAACUUCCUGGGUAAGACCUCACAACUGCAGCAAGACUUGCGGUCUAUAUCGAAGCAACAAGCUCAGCUCUCAUCUGUAGUAAUGAAGCAGCAAGAGAAGAUGGAUUUUAUGCAAGAUAUGAUGAAGAAGGCUGCAACGGCUCCGACACCAGAUACAGCAAACGAGUUUGCAUGGGGUCGUGAGAUGCGAAAAGAAUUUAGUGGCUGGCGUGAUUCAUUCGAGCGCGAGCUGGAGUCUGAGAUGCAACGUAAGAUGCAGGCUGUGGAGAGCCGCAUGUUGAGGGUGUUACAAGAAGAAAAACAGGCGUUUUCUUCCAGUGCUGAUGCUCUUCGAGGCUUGGAUGCCACUGACCCGGGGAUCCUCCGCGUCAUUGAGGUAGCAGUACAGGCUGUUGAAAUUAAGAAAACGGGACGCGUGGAUCAUGCAGCCCUGGCCAAUGGUGCCUCAGUUAUUCAUUCAGAGCGCGACCUCUUGUAUCAGGAUCGAUUGUCUCUGAUCGAGCUUUUCACCCAGCUUAUUGGAUGGAGCGACCUCAUUGACGAUACCAAAUUUACGUCGCCUUCAUACCGCCGAGCGCCAGCCCCAUUAUUGGGAUUAUUGCUGUCUUUAGGAGAAAUUCCGUGGUGGCUCUCACGCCAUAACGGUCGACCAGAAACUGCAUUGUCGGAAACGAUGGAAAUUGGUAGCUGUUGGGGUUUCGCAGGCUCAUCCGGUCGCCUCUCCGUUAAGUUUGCUUUGCAAAUUAUUGCAGACUCUAUCACAAUCGAUCAUAUUCCAGCUCAAAUCGCUUCUGACUUCAGUUCUGCGCCAAACGAGUUUCGUAUCCUAGGCAUAUCGGGCCAUCCACUUCGAGAAACUGUGGAUUUUAUUCCCUUUGGGAACUUUUCGUAUGCUAGCAACGGCCCGGCUAGUCAGACGUUCAAGCUCACGCCCCUGCAGAGUCAACAUUCAGCUAUCGAUGGUAUUACCCUGGAGGUGCUUUCCAACCAUGGUCAUCCCGAGUAUACGUGCCUGUAUCGGUUCAGAGUGCAUGGGCAGCCUGUGUGA